AUGAACCGGCGGGAGUAUGGAUCGCAACACGAGACGACACCAUUGCUGUCACACAACGAUAGUGCUGAUGUUCACGGAACAUGGUUGCUGGCGCGCCGUCGAUCUUCAGCCUUCCUUUCGUUUCUCUCCCAGCCCGAGGAUAAGGACGCCGACGAGUAUCUCGAAUGGCGCCGCAAGCGCUCUCUUUACCUGAUCAUCGGUCUCAUUACAUUGAACCAAGCUGGCAUCGGCAUCUUGAAUUCAUUUGGUGUCGAUCUGAUCCAGACUCUCACGUGCGCAGAGUAUUAUUAUGCAGCGCCCAACAGGCCCAUGGUGCCCAAUCUUCCAGCAGCGGGCGAUCCGUCCGAUCUGUGCUCUGUCGCCUACGUUGACAAACGCACCAGCCAAGUCUCGACAUAUACAGAUGCUCUCGGCAGCCUCACUUCCAUCAUCGCCUCGCUCGUUCUUGCCCAGGGUAUCUUUCCGCGGUUCAGUCGAAGGACGAUUGGGAUGUUUACGAUCUCAAUCACCUUGGCUUUCAGCAUAUGCCUGACUUUGAUUCCAACUCACUACUCUUUUGAAGUAACCGUCCCUUCGACUUCGACAAUACAUCCCACUACUGCCCUCAACCUUGUCGUCGCGCUUUACGUUGUGGGCGGUCUCUUCGGCGCUCCUCAAACUGCCAUGCCGCUGCUAGCCCAGGUGAUGGUACUCGACGUUUGCCGCGAUGACGAGAAGACAUCUGCAUUUGCACAAAUCUACGCUGCCAACGCCCUUGGUAUGGGGAUCUCUUCUCUACUCUUGCGACUCAUACUACCGUUCUUUCGUGUCGAGUUCAGCAUCUUGCACCACCAAGGACCCUUCUCGCCAUUCUGGAUGGUGGUUAUAACGACCGCAAUAACCACACUUCUCGUGAUUCUCUUCUUACCAGAGACAAAGCCCAAGGUAGCGGCUAAUGUGCGCACCCGCCAAAGCUCCUUCUCGAGCGAUGGCAUGCCAUCGGGCUCAGUGGAAGGCACCGCAGAGGGACAAAGACCGACAUCGGCGGCGUCGUUGUCCAAACCUCGUUGCGUGUCGCACGCUGUUUUGCAAAUUCUAAAAGAGACUCUUGGCCUGUUGAGCUACCUUGUCCCAUACCGGCCUUCUCCGGAGGCUAAGCGCGAUUAUAACCUCACUCUCAUCCUUUGCGCGGUCAUCUUUAGUGAUACAAUCACGUUGGUGUGGGGCAACCUGGUGGUCUUUUGCUCGACACAUCUUCAUUUUGGUCCUAAGGAAGUCACUACACUUCUGGGUCUGUUAGCGAGCAAAGGUUUAUUCAGCCUUUUCUGCUUGCCUUUCAUUGUAAAGGCGGUGCAUCGCAUCGUCAAAACAAGAUUGCGGCAGGAGCUCCUGGCUGCUUCUGUGGACGAUUUUGCCAUUGAGAUGCAGAUAGUCAAACGUGAGGAGUCGGUCGUCAAGACGGACACUAUCAUUGCUAUCGGUUCGCUGGGAGCCGAUUGCGUAGGCUUUGUUGCGAUGGGAAUUGCCGCCUCGCAUCUUUCACCUAGUGGUAUCUAUGCCAGUACACUCUUCCUCCUCUUUGCUUCGGGCGCAUUGCCAGCCAUCCAAGCCCUCAGCGUAGACUUCUUCCUUGCCCAAAAUCGACCCACUACCGACCAUAUCGCCGCAAGAGACGCCUUCGUAGGCUUCACUCACAUCCUCGCCUCCGUCAUGACUACCGUCGGACCCCUGAUCAACAACGCCAUCUACUCCUGGUCCAUCGAUCACCACAUUCCGUCUUUGGUUUUCUUUUGGACCGCUGCCGUUAGCUUGCUAUCAAUCAUGUUUGUUAGUCUCGCCGGCUUCAGCAAAUGA